ACCGAAUCAUAAGUUAGAAGGAGGAGACGCUGCUUGAGCAUAUCUGUGGUUUCGCCUAAAACUUUUACUGACAUCUGACAGUAGCCUGUAGUUCUGGUGAUCUAGUGAGCGUGAGAGACACUGCUGAAUUAAAAAGAAAACAGUUCUAGUAGAUUUUUAGCUUUUUAAUCAGCCGCCAGAGAAGUCAACUUGUCAGCGCGACAGAGUGAGAAGCGCAUCUUAAGUUUGGAGAGGAGAAAGCGCGCACAUGGCAGCCCUCAUCAGCGCGUACUCGUCGUGGCCAGAGUCCUUCGAGUGUCCUCCCGGAGACGGGGAAGUGCCCGACGGACACGGCCCGCACAGGACCCCCGUGGACAAGGCUCCGGAGCCGCGGAUCAGACGUCCCAUGAACGCGUUCAUGGUGUGGGCCAAAGAUGAGCGCAAACGGCUGGCGGUUCAAAAUCCAGACCUGCACAAUGCCGAGCUCAGCAAAAUGUUGGGCAAGUCAUGGAAGGCCCUGACUCCCCCUGAUAAGAGGCCCUAUGUGGAGGAAGCAGAGAGGCUUCGGGUGCAGCACAUGCAGGACUACCCCAACUAUAAGUAUCGGCCUCGCCGGAAGAAACAGCUGAAACGCAUCUGCAAGCGAGUGGACCCUGGCUUCCUGCUGAGCGGGCUGGCCCCUGAUCAGAACGUCCUGCCCGACCAGCGAGCCCUCUGUCGCCCCCUCGACAAAGACGAGGGCAGCCCUAAUGGUAUCAGGAGCGGGUUCUCCAGCCUCAGCCCUUCUCUGCCCAGCGUCAGAAGCUUCAGAGACCCAACCGGUUCAAACAGCAGCUUCGACACCUACCCCUAUGGCCUACCCACUCCCCCUGAGAUGUCCCCCUUAGAUGCCAUGGACCACGAGCAUGUACCCCAUUCUUAUUAUUCAACAUCUGGUAACUCCUCCUGCUCUUCCUCCUGCCCAGAUGAGCACCACCAGAAUCAGACACACAUUGGCAGCCCGCCUCCUUACCACACUGACUACGCUCAGACCCAAAUCCAUUGUGGGGGCACACACAUAGGUCACAUCUCUCACAUGUCCCAAACUGGUGGCGGACUGAUCCCUGGCCCUCCGAUGUCUUACUACAGUACCUCAUCUUUCUCCCACAUUCACCACGGGCUCCACCAGGGCCACCUGGGUCAGCUGUCCCCCCCACCAGAGACACAGGGUCACCUGGAGACUCUAGACCAGCUGAGCCAGGCAGAGCUUCUGGGUGAGGUGGACCGCGAUGAGUUUGACCAGUACCUGAACUCCACUGCGACCGGGUUUCACCCUGAGCAGGGCAGCAGCAUGAUUGUUACAGGACACAUCCAGGUUGCGUCUGCGGCUACUGCCUCUGCAUGUCCCAGCAGCACCACAGAAACCAGCCUCAUUUCGGUGCUCGCGGACGCAACGGCGGCCUACUACAACAACUACGGCAUCUCGUAAGCACCCAUUAUACUUGUUGCUGAUCAGAGACACUACGGGGGGUUAAAAUGGGUGAAGACAUUGGGAUGAUGUUGCACCUGGGUGCCAGUAAGGGAAAAAUGUCUGUGCUUUGAUCUGUAAAUUCAAAUCUCAUAUUAGCAUAUAUGAGCAAAAUCAUCCCACCGUGAUUUGAACCUGAACUGACUACUGAGCAAAAUGAUUGUCUGGAGCCGAGGAAAGAACAAAGAGCAAUUGUAGGAAUAUGAAGAAAGGGAGAUGGACACCUCAGGGAUGCAGACACAAAAUACUAUAGUAUGCCACCUCCAGUUGUCAUGACAGAAGAACAAUCGUAAAGACAUGUUGUCCACUUGUAAAUGUCACCAGUUACUGUUGCCACUGAGGCAUGUACAGAUGCUCUUUAGAAGCUAAUUUAAGUCCUUUGAUGUUUCGCAUAAAUGCUAACUGUAAUGCUAUUAUCAACGCUUUCCGUUCGAAUGUUUGUACUAUAUGUUCUCUCUCUCUCUCAUUUGUUUGGGAGUCUUACCUCAGUAGUUGUAGUUGAAUGAGGUUUUAGUUGGAUAUUUCUUAUGCAAUUUAACAAAACGGUGUAUAAUGAAGAAAAAAGGGGGUUUAUACUUCUUCUCAAGUACUUAAUAAUAUAUAAUCAUAACCUCUACCAUGAAAAAUAAUAAUGGUAACUAUAAAUGUAUGCUGAUUUAAGUUUGUGAAAGACAAUAAUUUAAAAAUAAAGUUACAUUUUUAUAUAACACAGUUGCUACUUUGAUGAUGUUCACACAGAAAACAUACCACAACACAAUAAGUAUGUAGUAUGAAGUAUUGGUAAUAACUGAUACACUUGAAAGGAAUUAUGCAAUGGCAGAUGAAACACAUUUCCACUCAUAUAUAUAUAUAACACUUAAGGAAUACAAUCAGAUUCCUGAAAUAAAACAAUAAAAGAAAGAAAAAUAGUCACACUAUAGGUUUUUAAACACACACGAGGGGGACGUAAUGUGUGCUAUUUGUCCAUCUUUGAAUUCCGUGUCACGCCACGUAUUCUUCUAUCUUGUGCUCUGUCUUGCUGUUGUACUGCAAGUGUCCCAUUCUGACACCCACUCCCCCCCCUUUGCUUUUUCCACCCUCCAUCACAUCAUCCUUCUCCAUCCGUCUCCUCUCGCUUUCAUUUCAUCCCGCUACAGAGGAUUAGUGUAAAACAGGCACAGCCGUCGCCACCCGCCUCCAUCUCAACCGUCCUUUGUUUUCCUGGAGUCUUAUUCUGGGCGCCAUUCUUAGGCACUCCGGACCCCACUUCCACCCCCACCCCCUCACC